AAACUUUUCAUGCCUGGAGUAUGACGUCACUUCUUUUGUAAACAUCCGGUUAACAACGGGGUAACGGUUCAGCUAGCUUCACCGCUAGCAGUGUGAAUAAAUGAAUCUCAUCUGUUUUUAUAAUUAUUGCUUAUGAUGGUUAAUUUCAACGUUUGAUUAAAGCAUAUAGGAGGCCAAUUAAACAUCCUUCCAAUGUCUGUAGUAAUUAGCGAUUAGUCAUUUGGAUUUAGUUUUGCUUGGUUUAUCCACAGAAAAUGCGUCCCAGAGAGCUCCCUCCUCUUCCACAGAGAGGACAGAGAACUCUUCCUACCAUGCCCAGUGAAGAUUCUGUUGGAGAAGCACCCAAGCGCAAAAAGAAGAAAUUGAGAAAGCAAUUCACAGUGGAUACCGAUGCUAAUGUUACAGAUGGGGCCGUUGAGAUGCGAGGUGUGUCCAGUUCACAGCUGUCUGAUCCUGGGGAGCACCUUCCCUCAGAUUCCCACCCUGACCCAGCCCCACAGAAGAGUAGGAGGAAGAAGAAGAAGGCAGCCACCAUAGACCUAGAAGAUUACCAAGCAGACCUGGUGAACACAGAGGCUGUCGAGCAGAGCACUGAGGCAGUGGAGGUUGUCAAAAAAACAAAGAAAAAGAAGAAACCCAAACACGCAGAGGUACCCCUGCCUGACGAGCUGACAGUGGAAGAGGAUGACAUCACCACAGAUGGCCCACCUGCUCACCCCCACUUCAUGUUCACAGCCCCCCAGACCCAGAGCCAGCCUGUGGCCAAAGUCUUUGUCGAGAGGAACAGGCGGUUCCAGGCAUCAGAGCGGGCCCGUGGGAGCCGCGGCAGUGAGCAGCUGGACCACAUGGACCUGCAGCCUCUGGUUGUAUGGAGCACAAGAGAUGUGUCUGUGCGGCUGCACCAGGGCUUUAGGACGCUGGGGCUGUUCUGUCAGGGUUUUCUGGCAGGCUUUGCCAUGUGGCACAUAGUGGUGGUAUAUGUUCUAGCUGGACCACACCUGACCGCUCUGUCCAACCUACUGCAGCAGUACCAUGGCCUGGCCUACCCUUGCCAGUGUCUGCUCUACCUGCUGCUGGUCCUCAGCACUGUGGGCGCCUUCGACCGAGUGAAUCUGGCCAAAGGCUCACUGACCCUGAGACAGCUGAUGACCCUAGAGCCUGUGGCAUUGGUCUCCUUCUUGUACUUCUGUGCUUUGAUCCUGUCUCUGAGCCAGCAGAUGACUAGUGACCGCAUCAAUCUGUAUACAUCAUUCAACUCCUCUCUGUGGCUGACAGGCACAGAGCAGCAGACCCUACACCCCUGGGUCACAAUCAACCUGGUGGUGGCACUGUUGGUGGGUGUGUCUUGGGUCUUCAUCAGCACACAGCCUGACACAGACCACACUGAGGUAUUCCUGAUGUCCAUGAGGAUAGAAGCGCCCAAAGAGGAGAAGUCAGAGAUGACUGCCUAAAUCACACUGCUUAAAUAUAUUUAUGUUCACUCAAUACCUCAGCAUUUGUUAUGAAUUUUGCACAGUUUUUUAGAAUCUGUUCUUGUAUAUUUGUUUUUAUUGUUCAUAGUUCAUAUGUUUUCAAUGUCCUUGCCUGUAACUGUCUAUGUUCACCUUAUGGCAGAAUAAAACUGUUUUCUAAGACUCACACUAAAGCUCAAGGAUACAUUA